CGUCAGCGCCCAACGACGCAGCUUGUUUUGGAGGAAGUGCAGGCGAACUGUAGCUGCUAACGCGUUAGCCUGACGGGAGGAAAAGCGAAGAUUCAACUGCAGUUGUACUGAUUCUUCGCUGUCACCCACACAUAGGCCAGAGAGGCGUCACAGAGAGCGACAGCUGCUCCGUUAAUUUUGACCCGCACGGCGAGCUGUGAGUGUGAGCGGACAGAGAAAAACAUAUCGGCUGUAGACGUGUUGUUUUGUGAACGGCAGACAUUUACGGCCACUGCUAACUGCACAGCAUUAGCCUGCGCCUUAGCUAACGCUAUCAACCGAGUCAGAAGAAAAGAACCACCUUUGAUAUUUAUUUUUUAAAACUAAGCAUCUUCUGUCAGUUGUGGUACAAUGACGUCAAGGAAGAAAGUACUACUCAAAGUCAUCAUCCUGGGAGAUUCUGGAGUUGGGAAGACGUCACUGAUGAACCAGUAUGUGAAUAAGAAGUUCAGUAACCAGUACAAAGCCACAAUAGGAGCUGAUUUCCUCACAAAAGAAGUCAUGGUUGACGACAGACUUGUCACAAUGCAGAUUUGGGACACAGCAGGUCAGGAGAGGUUCCAGUCCUUAGGUGUUGCGUUCUACCGUGGAGCAGACUGUUGUGUUCUGGUCUUUGAUGUGACUGCGCCCAACACCUUCAAGACCCUUGACAGUUGGAGGGAUGAGUUCCUGAUCCAAGCCAGCCCUCGAGACCCGGAGAACUUCCCCUUUGUGGUGCUUGGCAACAAAAUUGACUUGGAGAACAGACAGGUCACAACCAAGAGAGCACAGGCUUGGUGUCAGAGCAAGAACAACAUCCCAUAUUUUGAAACCAGCGCUAAGGAGGCAAUCAACGUGGAGCAGGCCUUCCAGACUAUUGCACGCAAUGCUCUUAAACAGGAGACUGAGGUGGAGCUGUACAACGAGUUUCCCGAGCCCAUAAAGCUGGACAGGAACGAACGAGCCAAGCCGUCUGCAGAGCCCUGCAGCUGCUGAGAACUCUGAGGAUCAUCAUCAUCAUCAUCAUUAUGGGGUGUGGGGAGGAGGGGGGUUGAUCACCUUUUGUCCUCACCACCCUGUCUUGCCUUGUCUAUAUAUCCCCCUUUUUCCCAUCACCCACUGUGUUAAUCCUUGAUUCCGAACAAUACAGUACAAGUGACAUCCCACUCAUAGAGUAUAUUAUUACCACACACACAGACAUGCUGCGCUCACAUCCUUAUAAAUACCUGUCACCCAUUUUCUAUAAGCACCAGUCCCUUAGCCCAAAGAACGUGUUGUGGAAACAUUGCUUUUUUUUUUUUUUUGUACAAUUUUCGCCACCUACGUUUUCUCCACCCUCCCCUCAUUUACAGCAGUGGUGGUUUGGGCCAAUCUCAUCUUCAGUUACAUGUACAUUACUGCUGCUGUCAUCACACCCUGUGUUGAAUCUGAUCUGCUUUUAUUUGGAAACAUAUUUGUUAGAUUGAAAUACUAUCUUUAUAUUUGUUUGUGCUAAUGAAAAAUCAUGGACAAAACAAUUGUAUUUUUUUUUUAUUAUAAUAUCAUAGCCUCUUCAGCAGUGGUGGAUGUUUACUUGGAUCCUGUUCAGACCUUGCUGAUCUGAUCUCAUAUUCUCGGCUAACUCUGCAGGUAUAAACACUCUAUGGAUGGUUUCUUGUAGCUGAAAUUAAAUUACAUUUGGAGUUGGUUUGAGCACCAUGUGGCCGCAUUCCUCAGUCUGCAUGAAUGCAAUCUGUACCAGAACAGAAUAGUGAGCGCCAUCUCAGCUGCCCUCCUCAUACCUGCUGCAGAUUUGCACUUUUUCUUGCACUUCACUGUGCCCAUUUGUUUGUUUCUUUGUAGCCACCACCAGGAUGUUCACCCUAGUUGUCACAUGCACUUUUUCUUUCUGAAUUUUAACUCAUAGCAGUAUUGAAUGCUCUGUUUCCCCUGUGGUUAUAUUUCUUUUCUUCUUUCUUUCCACUUUCAUUUCCUCUUCUCACAGCCACCAUACCAACAGAGACACGUGUACAGUCAGCAUCAGUGUAUAUACAUCUCUACGGAGCUCAUUAAGCAACUGAGCAGGUGGUGUCAUGAUAUGCUCCAGUGCUGUUUUUUCAUAUGCAAUCAAAUGACUCAGAGCAGAUGUUGGUGGCAGGUCUGAACACGGGUCACCAACACCACUGCUGCAUCAGUCGAGAAAACACCCACCUCUGUUCCCCUAUUAUUUGCCUCACCCUCUAACACUUGACAAUUUAACUUUACCUUGUGCAAUCUUUAGAAAAAUAAAAUUGCUACACGAGCAAUUACUACACUGCAUAUUGUUUCACGAGAAAGGGCAUAGAGUUAAAAGUAUAGCUAAUUGAACAGUACGUUACACUAGUGGGUGUCAUUUUUUUAUUAACUCGUGACAAUGAAUGCAGCUGUAGCAAAGCCUGGAUCCCACUCUGAGAGCACAGUGCUGUGGGAGAAAUGCUUUGUCUUGUCUUCAGUUAUUCUCAAUACCAAAUUAUCUCAGCAUCUCAUUUUACCUGAUUGUCCAGGGGAGCAGGAGGAAUUAUUUUUCUUCUCAAGUAUACAAUAAAUAUUCAUCGAGUA